GUUAGAGAGAGAGAGCACGACAUUUUUAGGUGCAUUUAUUUGAUCUGCGCAAGGCGAGGCGAGGCGAGGGAAGGCAAGGUACGGACGGUCCGGUGGAUAAGCUAGCUAGCUGUGGGAAAGAGACGAGACGAAAAGACAAAAAGACAAGACGAUUACGGUUACAGUUCUAGUUACGGUUACGGUUACGACGAAGGCUGUAUAAGGAGGUUAUUGAUUGGAUAAUUGGAUGAUUGGAUAAUUGAACAAUUGGACUCGAAUUAGCCUUACAUUACGACGAUUGGGGUGAUUGGACAAUUGGACAAUUGGACAAUUGGGCAAUUGAGUUGCGAAUUCUAGAAUCGCAGGUUCGCGGGUUCGCAGAUACAGAAUUGUGCGAUUGAGAUAAGAUAAGACGAGGCAAGACGGGACACGAUAUACUAGAGACGGACGUCUGGUUUCUUUGUGCGAUAUGGCUGGGAUGGGUACAAGGGAUUUGGAUGGGGAUGGGAAUGUGGAUGUGGAUGGAAGGAAAAGGGAAAGGGAGGGAUAUUCAAGGUCGCGUGGGGUUCGGACGGAUUUUAAUGCGAAUGCGAAUGCAAAUGCAAAUGCAAAUGCUCGUUCGACGGAUACGUUGCAAUUGAGAUUGGGUGCGUCGGAUUCGAAUACUUUGGAUGCGAAUAGUGAGUUGAGAGAGGGAGAGAAUAUAUAUACAAGUGGACAAACUCUAAAUCCAGUGACGAGGAUUGAUAGUGGAGGUGGAAGUGGGAGCCCCUGUGAUUUUGCUAGCAGCAGAGGAAGUCAAAGGGUUAAAGCAGGAAAGAGACAGAGGAUUGAUAGUAUUUUGGAAGAGGCUAGGUGUAGGAAGGUUAUGAUGGAUAAUGGGGAUGGGGAUGAGGGUACAAGCUCUGCGAAGGGAGGAAAUAACAAUGAGAGUCAAAAUUCUGACAGAAGAGAAUAUGCGACUGGGAAUGGAAAUGGAAAUGGAAAUGGGACUGAACAUACAAAUGGCAGAGAAAGUAGAGGCGAAAGUAGCGCAGAUGAAGAAACGAGUGUAUUGCGACGAAGAUCAGAUAUAAAUUAUGGAGGUGUUGGUGUCGGAAUCGCUUCAUCCAUUACCGCGGAUACGACUAAUGGAAAUAAUAGUAUGAAAAGGAAGUCUGGAACAAACGAUCCAAAUAAGAGCGGAGGGUUAUUGGGAACAGGAAGAGGACGAGUAUUUUCAGGGACCGAGGCUGAGAGAGAAGCAAAUAAUAACAGACGGGUGAAUAGCGAUAAUAUGGGAGAAAUCGAACAUAGAAGAAAGGUAAAAGGAAAGAUUGGAAAAUGGUGGGAGAGAAUGGUAGAAGAAUAUGGAAGUAUUGAGUUGGAGAAUAAGGGGAGUGUUGCGAGAGAUCAUUUGGCACUUGGUUUGUACUUCGUUUCCUUUUUAUCGCUAAUUUUGUUAUCGGUUGGCGCGUGAUACUUUUGUCAUACAUUUGUGUUUGCUGAUUAGUAUGUCGAUGAUUUGGUUUUGUUGAUUGCUGACUAGAGGCUGUGGAUAGAAAGGACAUUUUUAGCUUGGUUACGAACUUCCCUCGCUUUCGCUAGUAUUGGAAUUGCUAUCACUCAACUGUACGUCUCCUUCCCUUCUCCCCUUCUUUCCAUCCCUUCCUGCUUCGUCCCCUGCCUAUAUAUGCCCCCUCACUAACAUCCACCCCUAGUUUCCGCCUCAACACCUCUUCCUCCUCCUCCAGCCACGCCCCAUCCAACCCCUCAGAUCCCAGAAACCAUCUCCGUCACCUCGGCAAACCUCUCGGCGCAACUUUCGUCGGUAUAUCCAUUUUGAUGCUCUCGGUAGGUUUUCAUCGAUAUUUCGAAGGCCAGUUUUAUAUUAUUAGGGGAAAGUUUCCGGCUAGUAGGGGGAGUAUUGCUCUUGUGGCGCUUAUUACGGGGAUGCUGAUGGUGACUAGUUUGGUGGUUGUGGUGGUGGGGAAUAGAGGGGGUUGGGAGAAGUAGGGUGAGGGGAGUGCGGUGGUGGAGGGAAGGAUGUUCGGGUGGUUUUAGGGGGUUUGAAGGGCUUCUUGGUUGGGUGAUAUGGAGAGGGUAUGGAUAUGGAUAUAUAUUUGGUUUUGGGAAUAUAUCUAUAACUGGGACGGAGUUGGAUUUUCGCUUUUGAAGAGAGGGUGUACACUUAUGAUACUCUUUGUGAGAAGCACACGGACGGGUUAAUAUAUAUACAUAUACACAAUACAAAACAUUAUUAAUAUUAAACCAUGAAGUUUUGAUAUUUUGAU